AUGCACUGCGAAUGCGAUUUCUGUUUUUUGCACUGGCCCGCGGGCGCUCGCAUACAAAUACGACGGCGCAGACUACGGACGCGCGCGUCGCUCAAAGCUCGUCGCGUCCCCCGCCGGCGUAAUCAUCUCCCACGUCCCUGCUCGCGAACGCCUCCCACGCCUCCCAAUCGAACCCGGUCGCCUCCCGCUCCUCCAUCGCGCCGUCCGCGCCGCCGAAGGCGUCCCAGUCCUCUCCGUCCGGGUUCAUCCGGCGUCCCUCCGCCGCGGCGUUUAGCGCCGCCGUCUCCGCGUCGGUUGACGUUCCAUAUUCCGCGUCUUCUCCCUCCCCCCCCCCACCCUCCCCGCCGCCGAGGCUCGGAUCCUCCACGUGCAUCUUCGCGUUGUCCAAGAAAUUCCACAUCCCCGGCGACGACCCGAUCCCCGUCCGUCGCAGCGGCGUCGUGUGCGCCAGGCACACGAGAAUCUCCAUCGUCUCCAACCACCGCCCGCGGCUGGACCACCCGUGCGCCUCUUUGA